AUGCUUAAUAGCAUUUCAGACCUACCGUUGCAUAAGGAAGGGGUAUGUAAACCAAAACUGAAGUCACGUAUACCAUGUAUUUAUCGAGUGGAAGAAAUAAAAACAGAGAAGGAACAAAUGCCUGAUACAUGGGAAUCUGAAUGGAGUAAGAAUAAACCUGUAAAUGAAAAUUUGGUCGAGAAUAUUCAUACACUUCAACCAGUGAUGGACUUGCCUAGAAAACAGUGGGUAAAGUUUAACAGGUUUCCUACAGGGAAAGGAAUAUGUAAUAGCCUAAUGUAUGAAUGGAAACUCUGUGUUAGCGAAAAAUGUGACUGCGGGAAGGAAGACCAUGGACCAUAUCCCUCAAGAAUGCCCCCAAAGAUGAUACAGUGGUAA